CUUAUAACCCACUUACCUUAUUUCUUCCAAACUCUUAACUCUCACCCUCAUCUCCACUCUCCUCUCUCCCCCCGUCUCUCUCAUCCAAAUCAAGCCCUUCAAGUUCUUCUUCGGCCACGACAGAUCACAACUAUGAUGUCUGUUUCUGCUCAAAUUUUGGUCGUCUUUUCCCAAAAGUUCCUCUUCUCGAUCCCUCUUCAAGAUCAGAGCUAUUUAGGGUUGUGAGGGAUUGAAGAAGCAACAAAACAUUAAAAAAAAAAAAAAAUGGAUCCAGUAGCUGCACAAGGUCGUCCUCUUCCACCACCCUUUCUCACCAGAGAUCUUCAUCUUCAUCCCCAUCACCAAUUUCAGACCCAUCAUAACAACAAUCACUCCGCCGCCGACGACGAGCAGGUCGGUAAUGGCAGCUUGAGCCGCGGUCAGAAGCGAGAUCACGAGAAUACUUUUACUGACGGAAAGGAAUUGGGUUCGAGCACGGUUUCCGCCGGAGGAGACGCCGCUGGAACUGGAGGUGGGGAUAAUAGCUCUAGAAGGCCUCGUGGAAGACCGGCGGGUUCGAAGAACAAGCCCAAGCCUCCGAUCAUAAUAACGAGGGAUAGCGCCAACGCGCUGAGGUCCCACGUCAUGGAGAUCGCCAACGGCGGAGACAUCAUGGAGAGCGUCGCCACCUUCGCACGGCGGAGGCAGCGUGGGGUUUGCAUUCUGAGUGGGAGCGGCACCGUCACGAAUGUCACUCUCCGGCAGCCUGCUUCGCCCGGUGCAGUUGUGACCUUACAUGGAAGAUUCGAGAUUCUGUCACUGUCCGGCUCGUUUCUGCCUCCGCCAGCACCGCCUGCCGCUUCCGGGCUGGCCAUUUAUCUGUCCGGCGGACAGGGUCAAGUCGUUGGAGGCACCGUGGUGGGCCCGUUGUUGGCGUCAGGUCCGGUGGUCAUUAUGGCGGCGUCGUUCGGGAAUGCAGCGUACGAGAGGCUGCCGUUGGAGGAGGACGAGACGGCGGCAGUGUCGGUGCCCGGAAGUGGAGGGUUAGGCUCGCCGGGAAUUGCGGGACAACAACAACAAUCUCAGCAGCCGCCGCAGCUACAGCAACAAAUCGUCGGAGAUCCUAACACUACAUCGAUGUUUCAUGGUGUUCCUCAGAAUCUUCUGAAUUCUUGCCAAUUACCAGCUGAAGGAUUCUGGGGUGGAGCCAGUGCUGUUCGUCCUCCAUUCUAAUUAACCAGAAAAUUUUCCUGGAAAAAAAAAUGUUUGAAACUUUUUUUCAUUAUCUCUUUCUUUUUUUUAAGUCACUGUUCAUUCUCCUUCUUCCAUAUAACUUACAUAGUUUAUAUGCUUAAUCAAAGCCUGUGAUAUGAUCAUGAUCAUCAUCAGUAAUUAUGGGGUCUGCUGGAAAUGGAAAUUGAAGAAGGGAUGUACAAAUUCUCAUGAAUUUUUGGGUAAUGGCUUUAAUGUUUUAAUUUUCUUA